AUGGCCGCAUCAUUGGUCCGGUUCGUCGACCCUCCCGAGCUGGGAAAGACAAACCCCGUCUAUUCGGCCCUCACCAUCGUGCCCAUAGGCGACAGCGACCUCGUUACCAUCUCGGGCCAGGUUGCGGUUGCACCCAGCGGUGAGGUCCCCGAUACGUUUGAGGAGCAGCUCGAAGUCUGCCUCUCCCGAUUCGAGACGUGCCUAGCCGCUGCAGGAGCCACGGUGCACGAUCUGAUCCGGUUCAACUACGGCAUCGUCGAACACGAGGAGGGCACAACGCCGAGUCUCAUCAUCAAGCGGGUGGCCGAGUUCCUCCAGGGCCAUAAGCCCGCCAGCACCUACUAUGUAGUCCGGUCGCUGAGCAAGGCCGAGUAUAAGCUCGAGUUUGACGGGAUGGCGGUUGUCAAGCGCCGAUGA